AUGGCAGAGGGUGGAAUGAAAUGAGCUUUUAAGAUCUUUUCCAACCCAAACCCUUCUGUGAUUCUAUGAUUCUAAAUGUUCUUUUCCAGGUUAAGUCAAGGUGGCUCAUCCACCUAAGUCAAGACUAAUUUUUUUUAUUAAUUGAUAAUUUUGAUGAAGUGUUAUGGUACCAAGCUUAUUGGUGCCCCUACAUGCUACCAGCCCCUGACAGAGAACUGGGUUGUUGUAUCCAUAGCAUUAGAAUUUGGAAAUCAGUACUCAUUUUCAACCUCAGUAGUUACUGGGGCCUCGGUACAUCUUUCAGCUCUGUUUAUGCUCCACGUAAUUAAUGACAUUUGUGUUAGCUCAGUGAGCAGAGCAUCUGUCCUUCAGUCUGGGCCCUGAUUCCUUGGGAAGUGUUUCUAAUUUAAGAUUGGUGUGAGGCAGGAACUCACAACUGACCUUAUUUGAAGCUCAGUGUGAGCAGUGACGGAGUAACCUCAUCUUACUUGUCAACAAGUACAACAUCUGUAUUCCAGUGUUACUGUCAGUACCUGUUAUUGGUAUUUUGAGGUUGACAUAUGAGCAUUUGCCUUCAGCCUGUAAAACUGGUUCUGCCUAUGGCCUGACAGUGAUGGAGUUUGCUGAGUUUCUCCUAAGGCUCUGAAACUCCGGAGGGUGAAGUUCCUGUUUUGCAAAGUGCCGUCUAAUAUCUGACUUUUUAUGUAGGUGGUAAGUGCUUUAAUCUUGUUUUGCAUGUUGUUUUUAUUAAUAGCUGUAGUGGGUCCCAGUGGUUGUAGGAUAAGUGUUAUGUAAGGGUAAAGGUAAAAUUGGAAGUGUUCUGCAGCCCUCAUGUGCCUGGCUGAGUUAACAUCAACAGUGGAUUAACUGCCUCCAUUGGAGGUAAAGUAGAUAAUUAAAUAAUUAUAUGGCAUAUGGGGGUGAGAGUUAGCUUUUUUUUUUGGUAUUCAGGCUGUUUGUUCCUGUGACACUCAAAUUCACUCUUUUACUCUUGUCUUUAGAUUUAAUUUUCUGCAGUGCUCAUCAGAAUCCAACAUGAGACAGUGAAAUACUGCAGCACUGUUGGUCAUAACAGCCUGUCAUGCAGCACCCUGGAUAUGCUUUGGUUUCUUGCCAAAUUAAACAGUAGUUCUGCUCUUAGGAAGUACCAGUUUCCAGAUAAGACAUCAUUUUCCUGGCUAGCAUUAAUUCUCCUACUCUUAUGUGUAGGAUUGCUGCUGAUAAGCACUCAAAGGACAAUAAGAAAGGCUAAUGAUAACAACCAUUGCAGAGAGCCUGAUGACAGAUUUUGUGAUGUUUCGGCUAACAGUUGAAAUAAAUGUAGUUUUGAGCAUGGUCUCCUAAAGUGCUGCAGCCCAAGCGUAGGCAGGAGCUUCUCACAGUGGUUUAUCAAACACAGAACAAGUAUUUAUUAAGGCAUAACAGUAUUGAUAGGGAUAUGUGGCAGGUGGAGAGGCAAAUGUGAGCUGAAAGUUUUAAAACCCGUCAUGUCCCAAGAUCCGAGCUGUUCUUAUUGUAGUCUGACAGUUGAGAUCACAGGAUACAUCCAGGGUGAAAUGAAUUCCAAAUUCAAUGCUGAAAUAGCAGAACUUUUGAUGUGUCAUCAGCAAUGCCUAAAUACACAUGUACGCAGAUGUACUGUGUUAUCCUGAAAGGAGAAUAAUCCUGAAUUUAAGAUUAUUCUUUCAGAUCCUUCUCGCUCAUACCCCAAAAGAUGUAUAGAAAAGUUUACUAAGUACUUGUAAUCAGUAUAGAGUACCGACAAAGGCUUUUUGCUAAUGGUUUAUUCAGCAAUUGGAGUGUUCCUCUUCAGUGUAUUCAAACAGCAUCUAUUACUAGUAGUGGGGAUCCCCUUCAGAGAAAUAAAUCAUGAUCUUGUCAGCCCAGCAGCAAGGAAGUCCCAGCUUUAGAUUCUUGAGGUGUAGAGAACAGGUCUUCUAAAGAUCGUAUGGAAGCUCUUCUCAGACCAGCUCUAAGUCAAGGGCUCAGGCUCUAGUCCCCACAGGGAAACUAAAGCUUAGCACAACACGUUUCCUCAGAGAAUUGGGUAAAUGCAGAAGUCGUGGCAAAAGAAUUGCUGCUUUGCAUGCUAUGGUUGGUGAAAGUGAGGGUGGCUUGUUUGGAGUUUGAACAACAAAUUGAAAUUAGUGAAAACGCUAAAAGUGACGCAGUAGUUGAAGACAGUGAAAAGCAAGAACGAGGGUGAUGUGAGGUGUAAAACCCAGAAAGCAAUAGAAAUAAUGCAUGAGAGGAAACUAACUUCAGGCAAUUGUUAGCAAAAAGUAUGCAUCUGUAUAUUAUAUAUAAAAAUUUCUUAUAUGCAGUGGUUUGGGGAGGGAGGGCAGAAUGGUUUUCUAUUCAAGGUUGUUUUGCUUUUAGGUUAAAUCUGUGAGUUCAGCUUACUGUUACUGUUAGGGCUAACACACAUGCAUGUUAUCCUGCAGGUCUAGAAGACCAGGGGCUGAGGUCUGAAAUUGCAGUAUUAAGAGAAGUGCAGGGUUCCUUGAGCUGUCCAUCGCUGGCCCCACCACUGCAGCUAAAGCUUUGGCUCCAGCUGCAGCCUGCUGCUGUUUCACAGCCACAAGUAGGUCAUGAAGCACAGAUGGCCUCGCUGCCAGGGACAUGUGGAGUCUGCAGUCCCCUUGCAGGCUAUUCUCUCUCUGUGCUCUCUCUCUUUCACACAGCUAGGCUGGAGACAGUGGAAUGAAUUCUCAUGCUACCAACCAUUUUAUCUUGUGCUCAGUGAGGCUUAAGGCAGAGAGCAGAGCUAGAACAAAUAGUGGGAGUGAAAGUAAUGAUGGGGCUGUUAGAAGGGAGGCUGGGCUGGUGCUUCAUGAAAUAGGGCAUCACCGUAUCAGGAGGUUUCCUCGGCCUGACACGUCUGCACCCAGACUGACAGGGGCCCUGAUUCCUGCAGAGCUGCUGUGGUUGAGCUCUAGAGCAAAAUGGAAUGAUGCUGUAAGUAUGCAGGUAUUAACUUGUCCUUGUUUUGUAGCAUCACAAGCCCUGUCCAUUCUUCAUAUGUUUAUCCAUAGAAUGGCCUUGGGGAUACAGCUGUGCUGAGCUAAUUUUAAAGGUACCCUUUAAAAUUUCUUGCUAAGUGUAAUGGCUGAGGUCCCACAUUUCCUCUUCACCAGCACACAGCCAUAUCCCUGUGUAUUUCUCCAUCCACUGCCUCAUCCUUACUCUUGUGAGCAUCUCCAAGAGCUGCACAGCAACAGCAGCUCACCAGAACACACUGGGUAAAUACAGCAUGACACCUGCCCACACUGUUACCUGAGCACUUUUAUUUGCAGCAUCUCAUCUCAUCUCAUCUCAUCUCAUCUCAUCUCAUCUCAUCUCAUCUCAUAUUUUUGCAUUUUCAUUAAGUAACUUUAAAUCUUUUUUUUUAAUACUACCACACAAAAUUUUAAGCAGCAUGCCACCAACAUCUGCAGUUAAGAAAUUCACAGUGCUGAAAGUGAGGCAAGGCACAGGUUGUGGUGACAGAGCAGCUGGAAAGAUCAAGGUCAGCUGAUUGCUACUGGGAGACUCUAAAGUUGCAUGUAUUUAAAAUUCUUUUCUAUAAGCAUCUGAAAAUACUUAAAAGAAUGGGUUUUAAGUGCCAUUUUAAGCCAGAGAAGCUUUAUCAUUAUUUUUCUGCAUGUGUUGAGGCAUUUGUCAGAGCUUUACACUAGGUUACAAGAAAAGGAUGCAGCAGCAGUGACUAGCCAGUCCUACUCUCCUGCCCUUUGGAUGCUUAAGACUGAAAAUGUGACUGAAAUUUCCUUUCUUCUUUAAGCACAUAAUAGAGAGCAACGGAUGUCCAGCCCAAGUCCAGCCGCGUGGUUACAGCUUCAGUCAGUAGAGGGAGUAUGGACGCCUGGGUUAAAGCCACACAGGUCACCCGGGACAUCCAAGAGAAUUGACUUUCUCUUAGAAUUCCUGUUUUGUCUGCAAAACCAGCCCAGGACUUACUAGGCUGUGGAACUCUUGGAUUCAUUCAAGUCUGCAGAGCAUAGAUUUAGAAAUAUCAGAAGGAAGAGCUGCUGUGUUCCAAGCCAUCAAGUUCCUAAAGCAUAAAGGAGGAAUUUAGCAAAAGGUUACGGUGUGUGACAAUGGAAGAAGAGGGGCAUCAUCGAGAAGCCUGAACGGUAACAUCAGGACAGCUCUUGAGACACUGGCAAUAGGAGCCUGAGAUAGAGGAGACAGGAAUCAUGCUGAAACCAAGUGGACUUAAAAUCCCAGGCAGAGCUGGGAAGCACUCCAGCCCAGUGGGACGGGCAUCAGGGACCACUGCAGCUGCUGUCACCACUGGCUCAAAAGAAGGCUCACCUUUACACAAGCAGGGUACCACAUCCACCACCAGCGCCGAGAAGUCGGGUUCAAAGGUUGCCGAGGUGGGCGAUGAUUUCCUGGGAGACUUUGUGGUGGGCGAACGUGUCUGGGUGAAUGGAGUGAAGCCAGGUGUGAUCCAGUACCUUGGGGAGACGCAAUUUGCUCCAGGCCAGUGGGCAGGGGUUGUUCUGGAUGACCCAGUGGGUAAGAAUGACGGCUCUGUCGGAGGAGUGCGAUACUUUGAGUGCCAGCCGCUGCAGGGGAUUUUUACGCGACCAUCCAAGCUGACGCGGCAGCCGGUGGCCGAGGGCUCAGGGAGUGACGCCCCCUCCGUGGACUCCCUGACGGCUCAGAACUUGUCAUUGCACUCGGGGACGGCCACGCCACCUCUGUCCACUCGCGUGAUCCCGCUGCGGGAGAGCGUCCUGAACAGUGCCAUGAAGACGGGCAACGAGUCUGGAUCAAACCUCUCAGACAGUGGGUCUGUGAAAAAAGGGGAGAAGGACUUACGGCUUGGAGAUCGUGUGUUGGUUGGUGGGACAAAGACGGGAGUCGUGCGCUACGUGGGAGAGACAGAUUUUGCCAAAGGAGAGUGGUGUGGUGUGGAGCUGGAUGAACCCCUGGGAAAGAAUGAUGGGGCGGUUGCUGGUACAAGGUAUUUUCAGUGCCCACCCAAGUUUGGCCUCUUUGCUCCCAUCCACAAGGUGAUCCGGAUCGGAUUCCCAUCAACCAGCCCUGCCAAGGCAAAGAAGAGCAAGCGGAUGGCCAUGGGAGUGUCAGCCCUGACCCACAGCCCCAGCAGCUCCUCCAUCAGCUCUGUCAGCUCGGUGGCCUCAUCAGUCGGGGGCAGGCCCAGCCGCAGUGGGCUGCUGACAGAGACCUCUUCUCGAUAUGCCCGGAAAAUCUCUGGCACCACAGCUCUCCAGGAGGCACUGAAGGAGAAGCAGCAGCACAUUGAACAGCUGCUGGCAGAGCGUGACCUGGAGCGGGCAGAGGUUGCCAAAGCCACCAGCCACAUCUGUGAGGUGGAGAAGGAGAUUGCCAUCAUGAAGGCCCAACACGAGCAGUAUGUCACAGAGGCAGAAGGAAACCUCCAGCGAGCACGAGCCUUGGUGGAUGGGAUGCAGAAGGAGAAGACUGAGCUGUUGAACCAGCUGGAAGAGGAGAAGAGGAAAGUGGAGGACUUGCAGUUCCGUGUGGAGGAAGAAUCCAUUACAAAAGGGGAUCUGGAGUUAACCACAGUGGCCGAGAAGUCCAGAAUCCUGCAGCUGGAGGAGGAGCUGAGCCUCAGGCGCAGCGAGGUGGAUGAGCUCCGGCAGUGCCUCCGGAGCUCCCACCAGGCAGAGACCCCUGAGCAUAACCUGGGCUUGCAGUCGGAGGCUCUUCGGCUGCGGGAUCAGCUGCUGUCUGCCAACAAGGAGCAUCAGAAGGAAAGCAGCCAGCUGAAGGAGAAGUACGAAAAGACACUAAAGAAGUACCAGCAGGAGAUGGAGAAGCUGAAAUCUGUCAAUGAGAAGUACUCACAGGAGAUUGUUGACCUAAAGCAUAAGGUUCAGCAAGCCACUAACGAGAACAUGGGGCUCAUGGACAACUGGAAGUCCAAGUUGGACACGUUAGCUUCUGACCACCAGAAGUCUCUGGAGGACCUGAAAGCCACACUCAACUCAGGCCCUGACACCCAGCACAAGGAGAUCGUGGAGCUGAAGGCAGUGGUGGAGAGUAUAAAGUUGGAGCACCAGCUUGAGUUGGAGAACCUGAAAGCAAAGCACGACAUUGAGACAGCUGUCCAUAUAAAGGAGAAAGAGAGUCUCAAACUGAAGCUGCAGGAGGCUUUGGAUGAAGUGGAAAAAAGCAACAGCAACUGGAAAAUGCAAAUGGAAACCAAAAGCAGUCAGCACCUUCUUGAACUCCAAGAUGUGAAGGACAAGUGUCGAGAUGCUGAGCUGAGGGUGCAUGAACUGGAGAAACUUCAUGGUGAAUACACAGAUCAGACACAAGCAAUAGCUUUCUUGAAAGAGCAGAUAUCUUUGGCUGAAAAGAAGAUGUUGGACUAUGAAACAUUACAGAAAACAGAAGCCCACAGCAAACAGGAGAUCCAAAGACUGCAGGAAAAAGUGCUUGUCUUAGAGAACAAGCUGCAGUCCAUGGAGGCCCUGCAUCCUUCUCAGCAUGCAAAUAUGAUUGAGACUAAUGAUAUUUCAGAAGAGAAGAUAAAGAUGAAGCAGACUAUGGAAGACCUCCAAGACAAGCUGAGUAAAAGAGACAAAGAGGUGUCAUCCCUGGUGACCCAGACUGAAACUCUAAGGGCCCAAGUAAGUGCUUUGGAAAAUAAAUGCAAAACAGCAGAAAAGAAGGCUGAUUCGGUGUUCAAAGAAAAGAAGAGGUUGGAAGGGGAACUGGAAGCCUUGACCAAGAAAACACAUGAUGCCUCAGGGCAACUGGUCCUGAUUAGCCAGGAGCUGCUCAAGAAGGAAAGGAGCCUGAACGAGCUGAGAGCGCUGUUACUGGAGGCAAACCGGCACUCGCCGGGGCCGGAGCGGGACCUCAGCCGGGAAGUGCACAAAGCUGAGUGGCGGCUGAAGGAACAGAAGCUCAAAGAUGACAUCAAGGGGCUGCGAGAGAAACUGGUUGUGCUGGACAAGGAGAAGUCAGUAACAGACCAGCGGCGAUACUCCCUGAUUGACCCCUCUUCGGAGUCGGAAGUGAUCCGGCUGCAGCACCGGCUCGUCAGCACGGAGGAUGUGCUGCGCAACGCGCUGGAGCAGGGACACCAGAUGGAGAAGCUUAUGGAAGCAAUGAGACUCUCCUCUGAGAAAACACAGACUGUUGGAAAUUCUGGGUCUGCUAACGGGAUUCACCAGCAGGAUAAAUCCCACAAGCAAGAGGAGAAGCUCUGAUAGAGAAGAGGUGAAAAGGAUCAUUUCAUGCCAGUAUCAGUUCCUCUGCACAGUCAGGAAAAACAACACCACAUCUGGCUUUAGGACCUCCAAAAGACCACACACAGUAUUUUCACUUUAAAGCAGGACAAUGUUUAUAAUGUACUAACUGAUGUAAUCAGGACAAUCCCAGAGUCCAGUUUUCCAAGAUGGCCAUUGUUCCAGGAGGGAGCAGAAAGACCUCUCUGGGUUUGGUUUCUUACUUGUAUUGGUUUUGACUGUGGAAUUUGUAUUGUUUGAGCUGCCCUUGUCCCACCAGCUGAUGUGGUCUGGAUGACAGCUGCCCUGACCUGUGGCUGAAGUGUCAGCGGGUCCCAGUAACCCCACAGGAGCUGCAAAGGGAUUUGCCUGUCGUGUUCAAAGCAUGUGCCCAUAGGCUGCACCCUUCCCAUGGGGUCUGUCCCUUCCCUCCCACCCACCCUGGUGUCAUGAGGACCUGCACAAGUGAGUGAAACCUGCUGGGCUGAUAAUGAGAGGUGUGGGGACAUGUUCCCCUCCUUCCUUUGCAGAAGACAUCACUGUUUUAGAGCAGAGGCUGCACUUAGUUCUUGUAUUAUAGCAUGUUGUGGGAAAUAAUCCCAUUUCAGAGGGAUAUUUACGUUGUUUCUUCUCCCCUGCCAUUUGGGGAAGAAGCUGUGGUGGCUCUGAGUUUGGGGUCAGGCACACUUUGCUUGGGUGUAGUUGGCCUUUCUUCUUGCAGUGAGAUCUCUGAGCAGGCCUGCUGGUGUCCUGUGCCAUAGCCAGCUGUCCAGCUUGGUCCCCCUCACUCCUGGGGGGUUCAUCAGGUCUGUUUUGAACUCAGGACUCCACAGAUGCUGGAUCUCAGCAUUGCUGACCUUGGAGCUCCAUGCUGGGGGCAGUCAGUGUGGGACAGAUGCCUUGAGCAAAUGGUUCCCUCCUUACCUGUUUAAUUUAACAGCUAACUGCAGAUUGCCCAGUGCUUUUCAGAGCCAUCUUUGCCUCUUCAGUGUGAUGCCCAUCCCCUGCUACCAGGGGUGGAUGAGGUGAAGGUGCCGCUGUGAGCCUGACAUUGAUGGCUUCAGCAAUCCUCUGCAUGACCUGAGUGUGAGUAUUUGGAGCAGAGGCAAUCCAAGACUGGAGCCCACACAGCUCUUGUGACUGUACCAGCAGAGGAUCUUGUUCCUUCUUCCCAAGGCUUACUCUAACUUUGCACCACAGCUCCCAAGUGAUACUAGGGCAGAGGAAGGGAACAACGUGCUCUUAAAGGUGUGAAAGAGCCCAGCUCAGGUUCACUGUUCAGUACCACAGGGAACAGUCACAGCAAUAUUUUUUCCAGGCUUCUCUCAGUUAGUGCCCAACUCCUCCAGUCUUCAUGAGCUCUUGUGCUAUGAUGGGGCAUCUGUGAAAGGACAAGAUGGGAGAGGAGAUCUGAGCCAGACCCCUGGUAGGUGAACAUGAUGGUGUAUCAGCUCCAUUGCUUUUUGCUCUGAUUUCCCACAAAGUUGUGUCACUUUUUCUUAGUGGGUUGCCAGACUCCUGCUUCUUGAAGGAUGGGCAGCCAGAAGCAGCCUAGGAAAAACUUGAGCUUCAUGGCUGCAAUUUUGCCAUGAGGAGUAUGAUGCUGAAUAUUGAACCUUCUCAUUUGAUGCAAGAUUGGUGAUUUCCUGUCCUUCAGAGGAGGAUGGGAGAGGAAGGGGACUUCAGGGAGGUAAAGCAGGUCAGAAAUCACAGCAGAAAUCUGGCACGUGGUAGCAGGAGGGAGAGGGUGGGAUCGAACUGGCUGAAAAUAAUUCACGUGGGAUUCCAUCCUGCCUUGUAGAAGUGUUUCUUCAGUUCUUACUAAUCACCAGGAAGAUUGCCACAUCUCUGCCUAGCUCUAGGAGUUUCCCAAGGGAUUGUAGGAGUGGUCUCCAAAACCCUCCUGGUUGAGUAUUCAUCUUCUAAGUGAUUUUGGAAAGUCCCAGAGCGAGUCUUUGUUUGUUACAGCCCUCAACAGUGAAUACCUCACUGCUGUUUUUAAGAAUUUAGGGUUGAUGUUUCCCAAAAUGCUCCUGUUGGCUGGAUGGUCUCUGAAGUCAUGUCUGCAGAUCCUCUGGGCUUCCCAGGGCUUCCUGGGCACCUGCAGGAGAGAGACCCCAUUCUGGUUUGUAACUUAUUUUCCCUUCUGAGUCUUACAGUGACUUGUGACCAGCUGCCUUCACCUACAGAGCAGAGAUACCUGUGUUUUCCACCUCCCUUUGGCUCUGUACAAAGUGGGGUCCCCUGCGAGUGGUUAUGGGGACCAUGUAUUUAGUUCUGUUAAUCAGAUCCAAAGUUGUCAGGCUGCAACUGCCUGUUCCCAAGGACCAUCCCCUGAGAGCAGCUCAGAACUGUGGCUUUUCCCAUUCAGCUUGGGAGACAAUGCAGAACAGGAGCAGAUGUGUCAGAGCAGGUUCAAAGUUAGUGUUGAUGGUCUUCUCUGGCUGUAAAUGGCUGUGCUGGUCCCUGAGGAUCAGCCAGGAGCUGAUGGCACUGCUUGGCUCUCUGUGCAGGGUGUGUGGUCACUGUGUUGCAGGGCUGAGGGUAGAAGCCCCCCACCCACUGGGGUGCAGGUCCAUGGGAGCUGCUUCCAAACAGGACCAGCCACAACGCCAACGCCAAGGAUAUGCUGUUGUGUGCUCAUCAGGGCUUCAGCUCAACCCUGUGGCCAGGAGGGGUUGGACUCACUCACUUCCUCCCUCUCCAAAAUUAGCACAGGCUUCCCCCAGGCACCAGCUUCUGGCUGCCCUUCUGAGGUGGUAAGAGACCACACUAGGGACACACUUGGAAACGACAAGGAGGAGAUUCCCCAGCCCCUCUAUUUAUUUGUAAGUUUAAGUGCUAUUUUUGCCUGUGUGGUGUUGUAUAAAGUACUUCACGAUACUUGGUCUUACUGGCUUGGUUCUUUGAGAGAGAUUUCCAGGGGCACAUGGUAGCAGGAGCACUGAUGCACCCUUGUCCUGUUGUUGAUCCAGGCUGGUGCCUGUUUGUGCCUUCACUCCCCCUUUGGCUUCAGCCUUGCCCUUAUCUCGAUCCCCGAGAGCUGGUAAGGGAGGGCUGUGCUCUCCCCAGCCUUUCUCCCAGCCUGGAAAUGCCAUGCUGGUUUUCCAUCUGGAGCUGGGUUCUGAGCAUCGUGCCCAGAGCACCGGUGCAGGGUGGGGAGCAGGAGGUGACAUGCUGCAGGAGCCCUGGGCUCUGAGGAAAGGACCCACUGUGGCUGUGGGAGCAACCCCCACAGCCAGUGGCAUUACCCUGACAGUUAGUGAUGCUUUUCUGCUGAGAGCUGAACUCUUACCCAGUGAAAGAAAAAGCCUUUGGAAUGGAGACUACUCAGUACUGAGUGAUUUCUUCUCUAACUCUCAAGACCAAAGGGAAAAGAAUCAGUCUUGCUUGGGAAUGUCAGCUUUAUCCCUCCUGCAGCAUCCAGAGAGCUGGAGCAAGGGCCAGCACCAUGCUGGUGCCCUAUGGAAUGAUGGUACCAAACUGCCCGGGUGUUACAGCUCUUGAAAUGACAGGUGCCAAGCUGCCAGCCAAGGCCUUACAGCUCCUGCCUCCCCCCAGCCACCAGCAGCUCCUCUGGCUUGCAGUAGAGAUGCAUGAGGGUUUCAUUAAACAAAAUGAUGCAAAGGACACUGUAAAAGUCUUAACAAAAAUUCCUGUACUCUGUUAUUCAGCAGCUUUAGCAGCUCAGCACUAUCUGUAGGGAGUUAUUAAUACACUAAGAUCCUAUAGGCCUCCUGUAAGUUACCACAAAAAAGAUGAUACUAGAUGUAUAAAUGGAUGAUAACCUUUUACCCAUACAUUAUGUAUUACAAUUUUGUAGCUUAGUCAUUUUUUGGCUAUCAGAUUUUGUUAGUAUGAUAUAAAAAAAAAAGACCAAAAAAAAGGUUUGACUGCUACUGUCUAUUUUGUUAUUUGAUUCAUUUUCUUCCUCUGUACAAAAGCUGUAUAAAUCUGUCUGUGUAACUCCUCCACAUCUGUAUUCAUGUACCAUCCCCCUGUCCUGGCUUGCUGGUGUGGUGAGCUCCUACUAAACAAUAAACUCUGUGGCUGAGAA